GCGGCCGCCGGGGCUGAGCCGUAAAAGCACCGGGAGCCGGCGGAGCCGCGGCUCCAGUCUGCCGCAGCCGUGCCCGGCGCGCCUCGGGGUGGGCGGCCCGGCUGGCUCCCUGCUGCUGCCCGGGCUCCCCCAGCCCCAAGGACCGCGGCGGGCCCCCUCCAUCCCCGCAUCCCUCCCCGCCUUUCGCCCCCAAGAUGCUGUUUUGGCACACGCAGCCGGAGCACUACAACCAGCACUCGACCGGCAGCUACCUGCGAGAUGUCCUUGCACUACCAAUCUUCAAGCAGGAAGAACCGCAGCUGUCUCCUGAGAAUGAUGCCAAACUGCCUCCCUUUCAGUACGUCCUCUGCACAGCCACGUCACCUGCUGUGAAACUGCACGAAGAAACUCUGACCUACCUCAACCAAGGUCAGUCUUAUGAAAUCCGUCUACUUGAGAAUAGGAAAUUGGGAGAGUUUCAAGAUUUAAACACAAAAUAUGUAAAGAGCAUAAUUCGUGUAGUUUUCCAUGAUCGACGCUUGCAGUAUACAGAGCAUCAGCAGCUUGAGGGCUGGAGGUGGAGUCGGCCCGGGGACCGCAUCCUUGAUAUAGAUAUUCCACUGUCAGUUGGUAUCUUGGAUCCCAGAGCCAGCCCAACCCAGUUGAACACCGUUGAAUUUCUGUGGGAUCCAUCAAAGAGAGCCUCAGCAUUCAUUCAGGUACAUUGCAUCAGCACAGAAUUUACUCCACGGAAACAUGGAGGAGAAAAAGGGGUGCCCUUCCGGGUGCAAAUUGACACCUUUAAGCAGAAUGAAAAUGGUGAAUACACAGAACACUUGCAUUCUGCAAGCUGCCAGAUCAAAGUAUUCAAGCCCAAAGGAGCAGACAGAAAACAGAAGACUGACAGGGAAAAAAUGGAGAAGAAGACCACCCAAGAGAAGGAGAAGUAUCAACCUUCCUAUGAGACAACCAUCCUCACAGAGUGCUCUCCCUGGCCAGAUGUGCCUUAUCAAAUGAACAAUGAUCCAUCUCCAAGCUACAACAGUUCUCCGAACAGCUUUAACCUUGGAGAUGGCAACAGUUCUCCAACCCACCAAGUGGAGCUCCUGCCUCCCAGCAAUGAUCAUCUCCUUCCUUCUGCUUCUAUUCAAGAUGCCCAGCAGUGGCUUCAUCGUAAUAGGUUCUCUCCAUUCUGUAGACUCUUCUCAAGUUUUUCGGGUGCUGACUUACUGAAGAUGUCCAAAGAAGAUUUUGUUCAAAUCUGUGGGCCUGCUGAUGGAAUUCGGCUCUUUAAUGCAAUCAAAGGAAGAAAUGUAAGGCCCAAGAUGACAAUUUAUGUUUGUCAAGAACCAGAGCAAAACAGGUCCCAUCUCCACCAAAAACGAGAAAAUGGAGAUGGCAGUCUUUGUGUAUACCAUGCAAUCUUCUUGGAAGAAUUGACCACACUGGAAUUAAUGGAGAAAAUUGCAAACUUGUACAGCAUUUCUCCACAGCAGAUCAAUCGAAUCUAUCGGCAGGGACCCACAGGGAUCCAUGUAUUAGUGAGCAAUGAGAUGGUCCAAAACUUCCAAGAUGAAUCUUGUUUUGUAAUCAGCACAUUAAAAGCUGAAAGCAAUGAUGGCUACCACAUCAUUUUAAAAUGACCGAGCUGCACCAAAAGACUUUAACAGCCUAAAAUUUAGUGCCUCACUGAGAUUGCUACAACCUAGACUGGAAACAUGAAGAACCUUCUGGAUAAAAUGGUCCUAUGAACUAAGAAUUACCAAACAGCUUAAGGAAAAACUUGCUUUUACAGAUAUACAUUUUUGGUGGUGUGUGGUUUUAUUUUUGGGCUUUUUGAAGCUGGAACUGAGAACAUCCUCAAAGCUUGUCCAUGUUUCUUCCUCCUUCCCUUCCUCUUCAGUCUUAAAAAUUGUCAAGGUUUCUCCUUAUUACUUAAAAACAUCUGCCUUGUACUAAAGGGAAAUGAAAGAUAAACAAACACCUGUUCUCUAGACCCCUCAUGGUUGGGUGAAUUGAUUUAUUUACUGUUCUGAGUGCUCCCUUCCUUUCAACACACACCCUGUUGCUAAUGGAUGUAGCCUCCCUGGGGCUCUUUUACUCUUUGAGGUGAAAGGCUUGGGGCUAAAUCUAGAAACAGAUUGGUCAAGGCAGAGGAUGGAUUUGGUGCCCAGUCCUCACCUAGAGUGUCAGCCCUGGAAGCCCAUACUUAGCUGCUUUUUACAAUGUCGAUGUGCUCAAAGUCCAGAGACCUCAGUCCGUCCUGCCAGAGCUUCUGUAAUACCGAUUCAACAAAACAAUUUUGCAGGGCUUGAGGGAGGACAGAAAACCCAAGGCAAGCAGUUAAGUACCAUAUUGUAUCUUUAUCUUUAGAUUAGUCUCCUUGAAUGGAGUAUAUGAAUGUUUUCUGAGGAAAUGUUUUGAACAUUGAAAGUUAUAGAGCUCAUGACAAAUUCAUACUAUGGAUUUAUUCUAGUCUACAAAGCAUUGAUUAACUAUCUUUACUGUAACUGGGAAUUAGCUUUUAUAAUAAUGAUUUUUUCCUCCUUGCUACUCACUAAAGUAAGUAAAACUGAGUGUUGAUUGAGUUCAGGUAACAGAUCAUCUUAGUUGCUGCUUCUUGUAUUCUUGCUAUUUCACUCUUGACUCCUAUAUCUGCUACUCAAUAUCUGCUACUAUGGUCAACUCCACCCUCCCUUGCUCUUUGGGAUGCCAUCCAGGCUCCACUAAGCUGAAAAAGUGGCCUCCAUUGAUGUCAAAGACAAACUGGAUCACACCCUUCUUGCACGGACGGGGCCAUUUCACUUUUGACAGUUAAUUAAUAAGGCUAUUUCCCAAACAGAAUGUCCAUAUAGCAUCAAAUUCUGAUUUAAUUUCAUCUUGAGUUGAGAUGGAAAUCUGGAAUACAAAAAUUUUCCUGGAAUGGACAUUUUUCAAAAAAUGAGGAACUGUCAGCUGGAAAACGCUGAAUAAAACGUUCUAGCCUUUUGAAAUGGAAACAUUUAAUUAAAUCCAUUUGGCCCUUAAAGCAGCAUCAGUUUGAGCUACUGUUGCAGACCUCAGAAAUUACCAUUCAAGUGCCUUGUGUGCCGUGUCUUCCUUGGAGCUGAGUUUUUUGGCUGAGUUACAGAUCGCAUGAUGCUCUUACUGUGGGUUAGUCAAAGGGGGAAUGCGUCAUAAAGGCUGGAGGGGUGCCCAGGAGCCCAGCCUUCUGGGAAAGAGGGGGACAUGGAGCCCUUGAAUUACAGCUCCCAGCUGGUAGUGGAGGAAUUUGAACAGACAAGGACUGAUAUUUUUCGGACAAAACCAAUGUGUUUCAAGUUUUCCCAACAGAAAUAAACAGCAAAAUAUUGAGAAAAGCAACAUUUUUUUCAUUAAAAACAUCAAGUUUUGCGCAAAAUCUCCACCCAUCCCCACUGAUUUUUUUUUCACCAAAAAUAAUACUAGAAUAGAAAAUCAUGUUACAAUGGGAAAACCUUCAGCCAACUCAGCUAAUUGAGUAACAUUGCCUACUUAGCCACAAUCUUGCUCAACUGGCCAUCCUAGAUGCUCCAUGAAAUGUAGUGUUUCUCCAAAAAGGAUGCCCAAGCUUUGGGACAUGGCGAUUUGUUCCCAUGAAGUGAAGGAGCUGGAGACUUCUUGGUUGACCACAGGUUGAAUAGGUGAGGAAGUUGUAUGUGGCCUCCAGGAGUGAGGGAAAUCAGACAGAGAAGCUGGGAGAAGCUCUGGAGGAAGUUAUGCCUUUGUAGAGGAUAGGGCUUGCCAUCUUUUUGAGAAGGUGAGGCCAUGCUUUGGUGCCUGUGUCACCUUUCUCGUUCUGCAGUCUGAUCUGUGCUGCUCUGCAUGUAGAGUAGGACACCUGGGUGGCUCCCAGACCGGGGCACUGAGUCAUCCAGGUGGUGUCCACACAGUUACAGCUGCCUUCCAAAACAGGGAAUAAAUUCCAGUUGUGUUUGUGAGUAGGAGGGACCAAUGUGCUCCUGCGUAUCAGGAGCUGUUUGGUUUAUUUUGUCGGGAGCACUUAGAAGAUGCACAAUUGCUGUAGUUUUUCAUUCUGUUUUGUAAUACUGGCCUAAUAUUUGUAUGGCUCGUGUUGGCCACCUUCUCAUCAGGUGCAUUAGGUUUAAAAAAGACCUUGGAGUUGCCAGAAGUAUAGCCUGUACUGUACCCACUUAUAUGUGAUAGCCCUGUAAUUCAGGGGGAAGGCAAUACUGAAAAACAGCAGCAUGAAAAAAGAAUAAAGGGAGCUUUGUUCCCAGAGUUAGAGACUGAGAACUAUCCCUAACUCUGUCCCUGCCAUGAUAGGGGGUUUGGAACUAGAUGAUCUGUAAGGUCCCUUCCAACCCAAACCAUUCUAUGGUUCUAACUGUUUGCUCAUUUUAUAAAAAAAUAAGAUUUGUUCUUGAUUAUUUAAAAAACAGAUCUUGCCCAUGAGGAACGAUAUGCAGAACUCUUGUAGUGUUUCAGUAGCAUUUGCUUGAUUAAUUUUAAACAAGAAUAACUCUCUGUUAGGGCCUUGUUAUAUUUAAAUUUUUAAAAUAAAUUAAUGUUAUACUGAUAUGAGGGUGAAUUUAACAAUACAUCAUGUUCUCCUUUCCACACUGUAAGAAGGUAUACCAGAGUAGACAAUCACACAAAAUAUAAAUAUUGUCCUACAGGAUGGGUUCUACCGUUGUAUGUAUGUUAGCAUGUUUGUAAAGCUGUAGAACUUCAGUGUAUAUGUGAGGCCUGCACUUUCCUGACAGUCAUUCUAGUCCUUGUUGAGCUUCUCUAAUCCAGGCAGAACCUUUGAGGUCUGUGCUUGGUAAUAUAGUGAUGCAGCACAGCUAGUUUGGUGUCUAAGAGAGUGUAAAGUUACUUCAAGUUAGAAUCAUAGAGUGUUUCAAGUUGGAAGGGAUCCAUAUGGAUCAUUGAGUUUGACUCCUUUCUACUUGCAAGACUACCUAAAACUAAACCUUAUGACUAAGAGUGUCAUCCAGAUGUUCCUUGAACUUUGACAGGCUUGGUGUUGUGACUACAUCCCAGGGGAGCUUUUUCCACUGACCAACCACCCUCUUCAUGAAGAAUCUUUUCCUAAUGUCCAGUCAGAACUUGCCUUGACACAGCUUCAUUCGAUUUCCUUGUGUCCUAUCACAGGUUACCACAGAAAGAUCAGCACCUUCCCCUCCACUGUGCCCCUUAAGGAAGAUGUAGACACUGAUGCAUCUCUGGGUGUUAGGAAAACAUAUUGUACCCUUGUCCUUUGUCUGAUGCUGUGUAACCAGUGGGUGGUUGUGUGUGGGCAAACUGGCCAUGAGUGAUCGUGUCUGAAUGGCUAAUGCAAGUGCUCAGAGCAACAUCGGUGUGAGAGUGGACUACUGACCAACCUUUCUCUCUGCCCUCCAAAGCAACAAAAACAAAACCUUGCCCUGUUGAAGUUUGGGAGUUUGUCCAUACAGGAACAAAGCAAAGACUUCAGGAUUUAUGUUGGUGGCUUAUGUGAAGAGUGAGAGAGAGAGACGUGUCUCACUUGUGUAAGUGGCAGGCAAUCUAGCUAACUGCUUAAACUCUCACUGUGGUUACAGAGGGUCUGACAUCCCUGGAGAAACUAAUUUGCCCUAGUUGAGGAUAUGACAGCUUCCAGGAGGAAGCUUUUAUCUCCUCGGGACUGGAGGAAGCACUAAUCUUUGGCUGGAUGUCUAUAUUCAAGAUAGGCUAAAGGCAGAGGAGAUUAGUAGCUCCCCCAAAUCCAGAUAUCCAAAAGGGUUUUGCAUUUACUUUUAAGUACCUGUUACAUUUAUUCUUGCCUUUUUUUUUUUCUUCUUGUUGUUGUUGCUCCUAUUUCCUUUUUAAAAAGUAGCAAAUGAAACCUCCUGCUUGAAGUGAUUUAAAUGAGUCUUUUUUUCAGCUCUAUAUGUGAAAUUUGUACAGCAGACCUUUGUAAGAUCUGGAGUUUAGGAUUACAAUUAAUAGUAUGGUAUCCCAAACUGUCCAGCUCUUAAGUUGUAUGUAUGGUAACAGCCGCUACUUGUAGAAGUGGGCUUGCUAGGGAUGAAAAGGCAGAAUCAUCAUACGAUUAAAACCAAUAUGACUCCAGUCAGUACUGCUAAGUUUUAAUUAAAACUAUACUGGCUGUUUGAAAUUAUUUCAUAAAUUGCAGAAGUUUCUCUGGCAACUGAGUAAAUUGAGAUUAGUUAGUAUGACACUGCUGAUGGUCUGAAAAUUCACAGAAAUGGCCAUGAAACACAGCUGCAGGGCAGGGGCAAAUAAUCUGGUGACAGAAAUUUGUGCCAUCUGCCUGAGACGCCUGGCAGAACUGGUGUUAAAGCUUCUGUUCUUUCAGCUGGCCCUGCCUGGUUAAUUGGCUAAAAUAGAAAUAAUUCAGUCUGGAAAGUACUGGAGUUCUGUUGUCUUAGUGUGAAAUUUAAUGGGCAGAAGUUUCAAGAUUUGCAGGUGAUAAACAAUUUUUGCAGUUGAGAAGUCCUGAAUGGCAUUCUUCUUAUAAUGUAAUAUACAUAUUUAUGCGCAUAUAUAUAUACACACAUACAAACCGUACUGUAUCAAAACAUAUAUGUGCUGAGUACUUUUGUUCUUUGGCUUUUACUGGUACUCUGCUUUGUUUAAUGGCAGUUCAAUGUAAAAGACUCCGGUAGGUUAAGCUUUGAAACCCAGCCAUUCCUUGGGUAGAAAUGUAGAAGUCCAUAAUAAUGACUCUAGGUGAUUUGGACAUGGUACACUUGGAGAGAUGUAAAUUUGAUGAAUUUCUGCAAUAUAAAUUCCAGGCCUUGGUGAAGGCAAGCAUAUUCCUGCAGUAACACAGCAGUUCUAUAUUGCAGCUUCUGAAAAUUAGUUAGAUUAAAAGCAAAAUAGAUUGUCCAAUGCUUUGUAAACUAGUAAGAGCUACUCCCUGAGCAGAACAACCAUAUGAUGACUUUCCUAGCUCGAUGUUGUAUUGCUUAAGCAUUGGCUGUAAUUCUAACUAUCAUCUGGUUGAUGACUGGGACAGUGGUUAUUUUCAUUUCUGUUUUUGUUUUUGACUGGUCUCAAAGAAAUACUUGUAUUCAGACUGUAGCUUUUCUUUCUCCUUCAGUUGUGAAAUGGUUUAACUUUAUGCUACUAUUAGAAACAUUUUCUUAAGAUUAUAAUCGGUUUGAUCGCACAGGGUACUCAAAGGGGGAAGUGUUCCUUUGGCCUUGGUCAUCGCUACUUGUAGGCGAAUAUGAGAAGGCAGACUGGAGUUGUAUUUUAAUAUUCUUGCCUCUGUUUAAAAAAAAAUGGGUUAAGCUGGUGCCUAUUUUUUGUGCAUUUCCAAUUUGUGCAUUUCCGAUUUGUGCAUUUCCAAUUUGUACCUUUUAUUUUUUGCCAUUCCUUCAAUAUUCUUCUGCUCUCUGGGGGGGGACACACAUUGGUAAGCAGCUGGCGUGUCCAACUUUUUUAAGCAACCUGCUGUUGUCCCAGUUUGCUUGGGGUGAGUAUUUAUCUUUCAAAGGGCUAAGGGAGUUACCUCUCUUCACUGACAAUGCAGCCGUUCGAGACAGGCUGACCACAAAGUCAGCGUGACAGGCGAGGGCAGGUAGAGGUGGGUUGAUUGGAGGCUGAGGCAUACCAGUUGUGAGUAAAUACUGCCACACUCUGUCUUUUUGUUUGUUGGCUUUUGGGUUUUUUUUUUUUUUUUGUACAUGAAUUAAAAAGAAAAAAAAAAAGCAUAUUUUGCACUGGCUCUUGUACUGUUGUGCAGAAGAAAUCUGUAUCUAGAAUCUGUGCUCCAGUCAAAAUACAAAUAAACCUGUU